GCCGACUCGGCCGUUUCAAUGCCUUCAUUUUUAUAAGGCCUUUACUAUCCGACUGUUUGUUUAACAACAUCGAACUCGAGAACCAUGUCUACUCCUAACAACCUCAACAUCCCCUCAGGCGAUUCGACUGUCGUCGUACGCGCUUUCGACAGUGUCGAUCCAUCGAAGUCCCGCAUUCCCGCAGCCUUCUUCCUCUCACCCGUCCUAGAGGGACACGAGGAGAUCUUCUUCCCGGCCUACGCGUUCCUCAUCGAGAACCCCCGCACGGGCCGUCGCGUCAUGUUCGACUUGGGUGUUCGCGAGCCGUCGUCGUAUCCCCCGCAGGUCCAGCAGAUGUUCGAGCACCCCGGCGUGGAGAUGGUAGUGCACGACGUGGUGGACCAGCUCGUCAAAGGUGGUGUCGAUCUCAAGUCCAUCGACACGGUGAUCUGGAGCCACACGCAUGUGGAUCACGUCGGGGACGUGAGCAGAUUCCCGCCUUUGACGGAGCUCGUCGUCGGUCGCGGGACGAACGUGAGCACGUACCCCAGCCAACCAGAUUCCGGUCUGCGCGAAGAAGAUUUCCAAGGACGGUCUGUUCGCGAGCUUACCUACGGAAACCUGAAGAUCGGAGGGUUUGACGCGCUCGACUUCUUUGGCGACGGGAGUCUCUACCUGCUGGAUGCUCCUGGCCACAUUGGUGGUCAUACGUGCGGGCUUGCACGAGUUACACCGACGUCGUUCGUCUUCUUGGGCGCUGACAUCAGUCACCACCCGGGCGAGUUCCGACCGUCGACUCUCCUGCACACGAUCAUCGCUUGCCCGGGAGAUAUCCUCAGCGCUGCCAACAAGACCAUUUCCAAGGAGCACUUCGCUUCGUUAGCGUCAGAGCCUUUCGACCUUGCGAAGCGCGAUCGGCCCAUGUUAGACAUCGCCGAACAUGGUGUUCACGAGAAUCCGGCCGUUGCGAGGGAGGCUGUACAGAAGAUGCUUCCUUUCGAUGCCCAUCCGGACGUCUUCGUGGUCAUUGCCCAUGAUCAGACGCUUGUAGGCCAUCUGCCCCUCUUUCCGGAGAUUAUCAACGACUGGAAGAAGGCCGGGCUCAAGGAGAAAGUUGCUUGGUCCAGCUUUCAGCCAGAGAAUACUGCGUGGCGCUACAGCAAGGCGUGAUCUUGUAGCAAUCAGACCGUCCGGUGGUAACGACGAAGGGCACUCGUAUACCGUAGCUUCUGCACGGUUCGCAUAUUUUCAAUACGGUACCAGUGCCUGAGAUAUCGAUGUACGAUUCACUCCUUUCUUUCCAGAGAAUAAGCAAC